AUGACUCGGUGGAAGGUGUUCGUCGUCCUAACCCUUUUCGUCGUAUCGACGAGUAGCAAAAGGUCCAGAUUGUCGGACCUUCUGGCCGCCGCUUCCGGUUACGGUGGAGGAGGAGGAAUGAGCGGAGGCUACGGAGGGGGAGGAAUGAGCGGAGGCUACGGCGGGGGAGGAAUGAGCGCAGGCUACGGCGGAGGAGGAAUGAGCGGAGGAUACGGAGGGGGAGGAAUGAGCGGAGGAUACGGAGGGGGAGGAAUGAGUGGAGGAUACGGAGGGGGAGGAAUGAGCGGAGGAUACGGAGGGGGAGGAAUGAGCGGAGGCUACGGCGGGGGAGGAAUGAGCGGAGGCUACGGCGGUGGAGGCGGAAGUGGUGGCGGCGGCUACGGAGGAAGCGGUGGAGGAGGAGGAGGAGGUUACGGAGGGGGAGGGGGAGGAGGAAAAGGAGGAGGAGGAGGCGGUGGAGGAACGGCUAUUCUCUUAGCCGUUCCGGUAACUCUAGCCCUGGCCCAAACUGGAGGGGGAGGCGGAGGAGGCGGUGGAGGAUACGGGGGAGGAGGAGGAGGAGGUAAAGGAGGCGGCGGCGGAGGAUACGGAGGCGGAAGCGGAGGUGGCGGAGGGAAGAGUGCGGGCGGAGGAGGCUACGGCGGCGGAGGCGGCGGAGGAGGCUACGGCGGUGGAGGAGGAGGAGGUGGAAAAAGUAGCGGCGGAGGUGGCGGAUACGGAGGUGGAGGAGGUGGAAAAAGUAGCGGCGGAGGCGGCGGAUACGGAGGAGGAGGUGGUGGUAGCGGCGGCGGCGCUUUGGGCGGAAUCACUCUUAUCGGCAUCCGUCUGACCACCGCGGGAGGAGGAGGAGGCGGAGGAGGAGGAAAAGGUGGAGGCGGCGGCGGCGGCGGAUACGGUGGAGGAGGCGGAGGUGGCAGUAGCGGAGGAGGAGGUUACGGCGGCGGAGGAAGCGGGGGAGGAGGAGGAUACGGAGGAAGCGGAGGAGGCGGAGGAUAUUAACCGCCAAAGGAUAAACCAUCGGAUAUUCCAGCCAUCGACUCCAUAAUACGUAUUUGUUGGUUAUUACGGCGAAGACCGAAGCUCAGGAACAUCGUACAACGAAUCACCGCGGCCGACAAUCUACAGUAUACGGAUUUUACAUCGUUACGCAUUCACAUCCGGGUCAUCGGCGAUUAAAACACAACCGACGACGGUCGGUUUACGUUUGGAAUGGAAAAAUCUAAAGGAAUAUUUUGUGACGAAAUUCGGUUUGCGCCAGGGACGUUUCGGGGCAUUCAUUUUAUAAAUAGGUUAUAAAACGCUGUAAUUUCCUUAUUAUGUUCGAUAUUAAAGCUUAUU